AGCGCCCCCUCCGCGGCCGGCCGUUCAUCUCCUCCUCUCGCCGUAGGGAGCCUGGCCGCCAGCAGGUCCCGCGCGCCGGCCUUCUCCGCCCGGCUCGUCCCGGGGGCCCGGCCCCUGCUCGCCCGCGCGGCUGCUUCCCGCGCUCGCCUGGGCGGCCCUCCACCGGUCCGUGUCGCUGCGAGACCUCACGGCGGAGGACGUGCGGAGAGCCCGGGAGUCCCGGCCGCGGAAGAGCGCGGAGAAGGCGCGGCCCCAGCUGAGCGAGAGGGCCCGGGAGCGGAAGGUGCCCGUCACGCGCGUCGGGCGGCUGGCGAGUGUCGGAGGUUUGGCCAUGGGUUUGGGGUUUGGGGCCUUGGUUGAAGCGGUGAGGAAUUCCCUGAACAGGGACCAACACGUCAAGGACAGUGGCUUCCAGGAGUCCAGCCCCUUCCUUUCGGAAGCCAACGCAGAGCGGAUUGCCGAUACUCUCUGCAAGAUGCGUGGGGCGGCUCUCAAGAUCGGCCAGAUGCUGAGCAUCCAAGACAGCCACUUCCUCAGCCCCCAGCUGCAGCGGGUCUUUGAGCGUGUCCGGCAGAGUGCAGAUUUCAUGCCACCCUCUCAGAUGAUGGGGGUGCUGUCAAAAGAACUGGGCGCGGACUGGCGCGCGCGAGUAGCCUCCUUCGAUGAAACACCUUUUGCUGCUGCCUCUGUUGGGCAGGUGCACCUUGGAGUGCUGAAGGAUGGGAUGGAGGUGGCGAUGAAGAUCCAGUAUCCUGGCAUUGCACAGAGCAUCCGCAGCGAUGUGGAGAACCUCCUGUCAGUGCUCAAAAUGUGUGCGGCGCUCCCAGCAGGCCUGUUUGCAGACAGCGCCCUGCAGGCCCUGCAGAAGGAGCUGGAGCGGGAGUGUGACUACGAGUGGGAAGCCAGCAGCGCCAGGAGGUUCAGGCGGCUUCUGGAAGGGGACCCGUUCUUUGAGGUGCCGGAGGUGGUCGACGAGCUGUGCACCAAGCGGGUGCUGUCAAUGGAGCUGGCGGGGGGCAUCCCGCUGGACCGGUGCCAAGAUCUGGACCAGGAGACUCGCAAUGAGAUCUGCUCGCACAUCCUCCGGCUUUGCCUCCGCGAGCUCUUUGAAUUCCGGUUUAUGCAGACAGACCCAAACUGGUCUAACUUCUUCUAUGAUGCCAAGAGACACAAGGUUACGCUGCUGGACUUCGGAGCGAGCCGAGAUUUUAGCAAGGAGUUCACCGACCACUACAUUGAGGUGGUGAGAGCCGCUGCUGAUGGCGAUAGGGAGAAAGUGCUUCAGAAAUCGAAGGACCUCCGAUUCCUGACGGGAUUUGAAAGCAAGGUCUUCAAGGAGGCGCACAUUGACGCAGUGAUGAUCCUGGGCAAGGUCUUCUCGGCCCCAGGGCCUUUUGACUUCGGCGCCCAGGACAUGUCCCGCUGCAUCCAGGACCUGAUCCCUGUGAUGCUGAAGCACCGCCUGUGCCCCCCCCCGGAGGAGAGCUACUCCCUGCACCGCAAGAUGGCGGGCUCCUUCCUCCUCUGUGCCCGCCUCGCUGCUGCUGUCCCCUGCCGGGAGAUCUUCGAAGAGGUCUACAGGCGGUAUGCAGGCCAGGGAUGAGCCGCCAGUUUGCAGAGGCCCGCGAGAUCACCAGAGCGGGGGAGGCCCCUCCUAGGCCAGGUUGCAGGAUCCCUGCCCACUUCCAGUUCACAAGACCUUGCUGCCUUGGCACUCAGGGCCACCUGCACCAGUGUGGCCCACUGUCUGUGCCUGAAUCCUUUGGAGCCCGGAGCGCUCCCCUCUCUGCAAGGGACAAGAGAGGAGGCUUGAUCUCCUGUCGUCAUCCCUGGGCCGGAAACCUGCCUUUGCAACCUCCACCUUCCUCCCAAAGAAAACCCCCCUGCUUCGGGCUGCAGGGGGCCUAAGGCAAGGCUAGUCUUCUCUCUGCUGGGCCCACCCAAUCCUCGGCCACCUUUCCAUGGGAAGAGAAGUGUGGCAUCUUGGAGCUCAGGAGCACGCUGGGCUAUGGGUCGUGGCAGGGUGGGGGCAGCCUGACUCCUCCAUUGCAGAGGGUGGGCAGGGUCCAGGGAGGAGGGUCUGGCCCAAUGACUCAAGCUGGACUUGGCUGGCGACGCUUCUCAGAUCUGUGCAUCAUGCAGCCUUCAAUAACCUGCUGCCCUCAAGAUGGGUUGGGAUGUCAGUCCCAUCAUCCCCAGCCACACGGACCACACUUCUAGAGGAGAGCAGAGCAGGUUGUCCACCCAGGCUGUGACACCCAAGAGUGGAGGGCUGGACGGCUCCCUUGCAGGACCACCAGGUUGUCAAUUUCAGCGUGAAAGCCGAAGCCCGGGAAGGCUCCCCCACUUGCCGUGGGUGGGGAGAGUGGGGGGGCGCCCUACCUUGGACGGGCCUUCCUCUUCCUGCUGGUUUGGUGUGCUCUUAGUGAUUUUGUGGCCUCGCUGCUUGACUGGUGCUGUGGAAGGCUGGCCCUGAGCCGCAAUGAAGGCAGAGAACUGACCGCCUCAGUGGCUGCCGACCAACCUGCUGCUCCUCCCCCCCUGCCCGAGGCACGCCGAGACUCCUCCAGCAGGCCCCCAUCCUCUCCCCGCCUCCCUCUUUCAGGACUUGGUUCCAAGUGUCAGGGAGAGCAGCAAGAAGACCAGGGGUGGGGGGUGGAAUCUCUGACCCUUGGAGAGGACGCUUCCCUGGGGUGGGAGGCAGGUCCACAGCGGUCCAUUUGCCGGUCAGGGGAUUGACUGUGGGCGCCCACCUCCAGCUGUGUUCCUGGGGGGGUGGCUGCUCCCUGCGCCUGUGGUGCCUCAGCUCCUUCCUGCCUCUGGGGAGGGGAGCUGGUGGUGGGUCAGGAAGGGCAGGCUGCUCUCUUCCUGCCUUCUCUGCCCAGUCGGCAACCCAGCCAUUGCCAGGCUCCCAGCAGGGACCUGGGGAAAGCGGGCCCCCUGGCAUUGUCCAGGCCAGAGGAGGGUGCGUGGCCUCCAUCUUCCACAUGGCCAGAUCUGCUGUUUGGGUACCCAGCUCUUGGAGCCCAUGGGGGCAUGGCUUGGUCAGGGGCCACCCACAGGGAAGAGGCAGCUUGCAAGCACUAAUGGAGGCUGAGGGAGAGAUGGGUGUUUGGCUUCCCCAGGAGCUGAUAGCAGGUGAUGCUGGGGUUCAAUUGUUUGUAGCCAUCCCUUUCCGUUGAAAUAGCCAGAUAGGAGCCUGGGCCUGGCAUUUGCCCUCUGCCAGCAUGAAGCCCCAGUUUGGCACAGCCCUUCCAGCCACCCUAAGGUGCCUUUGCCAUUUUCAUUUCUGCUGGGAAAGGGGCUGACCGGGAGAGUCGCUGCUCUCACAAAGCAGGAAUUUAGUGCACGGUUUCGGUCUUGUGUAAGAAAUGGACCAUUGCUGCUGGUGUCCCUGAGGCAUUUACCAAGUUCCCUGACCCUUAAAAGGUCAGUUUCAGAACUGUAAAUAGAGAAGAAUUGGGUCCAGUUCCUCUCCAAUGUCAAUUUCAGCAUGAAAUAAACGUUUUUCGUUUCA